UCGUCUACCUGCUUAACACUGUCGCCCUUUCAGAAGCCCUUGGCGUUUUCUGCUCUCCGCGCUGAUGGAUGGCGGACAAAGAAACGAUGAUCCGGAAUGGAGAUAAAUUGCAGAUCGGAAAACAAACUGCUGCCUUUGUUUGUUUUUUUCCUGUGGGUCUUUGCGAUGGAGGAAUAUUGAGGCGGUAGCAGUACAAUAAGCAACAAUAACAUUACCGGAUUAUUGACCAACUGUUGAUUCCAUGCAGCCCGUGAAAGGAAGAGGAAGUUUUUCUUUAGACUUUCGUUUUUCCUCUUUGGAAUUUACAUUGAAGAUGGGAGCCAACUUUUGGUGACUGAGCAACUCAGAUAAAAGCCUCCUUCAAAACGGCGGACGAAUGAGAGAAUAAUAUCAAGUCGACUGCGGAUCUGAGGUGUUUACAAUGAGCGUUCACAAGAAGAGCAACUUUUUGUCCAUCGGCCCGGUGUCUUCGGCCCUGAUGUGUUCAGCUGUCGUGGCUACCGCCGAUAUGCCUGGACUCCCGGCCAAAGGAGCCUUCUCUGCAGAAGGCUUCAAAGACAAAGGCCAGGAGAAAGAGGAGAAGAAGAUGGCAACACGUAAAAGCCAGACACAAAGCUGUCCAUCCCGCGUGGUGGAGGACUUCUUCUGGAUAGGCAGCAGCAUUAUGGCCUUCUCAAAGUGGAGACUUGGCUACAUGGUGGAGAAAUGUAUGAGCUCCAUGCAGAUGGGUACCCAGAUGGUGAAGCUGCGCGGCAGCUCCAAGGGACUGGUGCGCUUCUUCUUUCUGGACGAGCACAAGUCCUGUAUCCGCUGGAGGCCGUCGCGCAAGAACGAAAAGGCCAAGAUCUCUAUAGAUUCCAUCCGAGAAGUGUCGGAGGGUAAGCAGUCUGAGAUCUUCCAGCGUUACGCGGAGGGCAGCUUUGACCCAAACUGUUGCUUUAGUUUGUACUACGGGGAGCACAUGGAGUCCCUGGACCUUGUGUCUGGGACCGGGGAAGAAGCCCGGACCUGGAUUACAGGCCUCAAAUACCUGAUGGCGGGCAUCAGUGACGAGGACAGCCUGGCCAAGAGGCAGCGUACCCGAGACCAAUGGCUAAAACAGACUUUCACAGAGGCAGAUAAGAAUGGAGAUGGAAGCUUGAGCAUCAGUGAGGUCUUGCAGCUCCUACAUAAACUCAACGUCAAUCUACCUCGGCAGAAGGUCAAACAGAUGUUCAAGGAAGCAGACACGGAUGACAAGCAAGGAACGCUGGGCUUUGAAGAGUUCUGCUCCUUCUACAAGAUGAUGUCCACUCGCAGAGACCUGUACCUGCUCAUGCUUACAUACAGCAACCACAAGGACCACCUGGACACUGAGGACCUGACCCGCUUUCUGGAGACCGAGCAAAAGAUGACCAAAGUGAGCAAGGAUCAUUGUCUGGAGAUCAUCAAGAAAUUUGAGCCGUGUUCGGAGAAUCAAAAACAAGGAGUUUUAGGGAUUGAUGGGUUCACUAACUACAUGCGCAGCCCCGCGGGGGACAUCUUCAACCCGGAUCACUAUGCCGUGAACCAGGACAUGAGGCAGCCGCUGUGCAACUACUUCAUUGCGUCCUCACACAACACCUACCUGAUGGGAGACCAGCUCAUGUCCCAGUCCAGGGUGGACAUGUACGCCUGGGUGCUGCAGGCCGGCUGCCGCUGUGUUGAAGUGGACUGCUGGGACGGUCAGGAUGGCGAGCCUAUCGUUCAUCACGGCUACACGCUGACCUCCAAAAUCCUCUUCAAAGACGUCAUUGAAACCAUCAACAAAUAUGCCUUCGCCAAGAAUGACUACCCAGUCAUCCUGUCCAUAGAGAACCACUGCAGUGUCCCCCAGCAGAAGAAGAUGGCCCAGUACCUCAUUGAUAUUCUCGGGGACAAACUGGACGUUUCCAACAUCAAAGCAGAAGACUCCGGGCAGCUGCCUUCACCAGAAAACCUGAGGGGAAAGAUCCUUGUCAAGGGUAAAAAAUUGCCGUCAAACAUUGACGAGAACGCAGAGGAGGGAGACGUGUCGGACGAGGACAGCGCAGACGAGAUGGAGGACGACUGCAAGCUGAUGAACGGAGAUAUGUCAGCCAACAGGAAGCAGGUGGAGAACUUGGCCAAGAAAAAACUGGACAGCCUGAUGAAGGAGUCCAAGAUACGAGACCGAGAAGAUCCUGACAGUUUCACUAUCUCUGCCCUUCCACCUGCUGGGGAUUUAGAGCAAACUGCUGCUAAGACUAAAGAGCAGGACGGAGUGGUGACUUCAGACGAGGCCGGCAACAAUAAGCGCACAAGCCACUCCUUCAUGGGCACCUUCUCAAAACGCAAGAAAAAAACAAAGCUGAAGAAGACCUCAAGCUUGGAGGACACUGACACAGACCAAGAAAGCACCAGCAGUGCAUCGCGAGCGCCCGUACAUCACAACAAAAAGAAGAAGACCAUGAAGUUAUCCCGAGCGCUGUCUGACCUGGUGAAGUACACGUGCUCGGUGGGCCUGUACGACAUCGAUGCACAAGCCAGCUGCACUUGGCAGGUUUCUUCCCUGAGUGAAACCAAAGCUCACCAGGUGAUGCAGCAAAAAGCCUGCGCCUUCAUCCAUUUUAACCAGCGCCAGCUCUCACGCAUCUACCCGUCUUCGUACCGCGUGGACUCCUCCAACUUCAACCCUCAGCCCUUCUGGAACGCUGGCUGCCAACUUGUUGCGCUCAACUAUCAGUCUGAGGGUCGAGUACUUCAGCUCAACAGAGCCAAGUUCUACAGCAACGGUAACUGUGGUUACAUCAGCAAACCCAGCUGCAUGUGUGACGGUGCUUUUAAUCCCAGUUCUGAGGACCCACAGCCAGGUCAGAUGAAAAAACAACUGGUGUUGAAGAUCAUCAGCGGACAGCAGCUGCCCAAACCCAAAGACUCCAUGCUGGGAGACAGGGGAGAGAUCAUUGAUCCCUUUGUGGAAGUGGAGAUCAUCGGCCUCCCAGUGGACUGUUCCAAGGAGCAAACCCGAGUGGUGGAUGAUAACGGUUUCAACCCCAUGUGGGAGGAGACUCUGGUGUUCACCGUUCACAUGCCGGAGCUGACCCUGGUGCGCUUCCUGGUGUGGGACCACGACCCCAUUGGCCAAGACUUCAUUGGCCAGAGGACUAUUGCCUUCAACAGCAUGAUGCCAGGUUAUCGCCAUGUGUACUUAGAAGGUAUGGAGGAGGCGUCCAUCUUUGUUCAUGUAGCUGUGCAUGACAUAACCGGUAAGUCAACCCCUCUUUUUCCUAACGAUUCACUUCGAAACAGGAAAUUUUUAGGAGUCCUGAAGCUGCCGCUGACAACUCAGGCCAGGGCAGUCAGCGGUAUCAAAGGGUUCUUCCACAGAAACCCAAAGCAAAGUUCCCUGGACAGCCAUGCUGCUGCACAGCACAGCCGUAAGCAGCCGUUUGGCGCCCACCUCCUGCGCCGCACCGCCAGCGCGCCCACCAAAGGCCAACCCAAAGUCAAGAAGGGUCUACCCGAGGUUGCCGUCAACACCAAAGACCAUAGCUCGGAGGGCACCGGUGAGGACAGAGGGUCCGAGGACAAGGUCUCUGCGUCCUCAUCUCACCUUCCCACACCACCGCAAUUCCGCAACGGCGAGUCACUGGCAUCCCACCAAGCCAAGGGUCCGUGGGAACACCCUGACACCAACGGGACUUUGCACACCGAAAGCAAAGCACUGAGUCCAACUGUCCCGCUUCCAUUCCCUGCACUAAAUCAUUCUGGGGGUUCCAAGGACACACACAUCUGCUCUGUCGCUGUUCCAGAGGACAGACUUUCUUCCCACCAACCCUCACCAUUCCUGCGGUCUUGGUCUUCUCAAGUGAAUGCUGAAUCCCAGUUGCCAGUUCAAUCUAAUGCAUUGCCGGAUAUUCCAAGUACAGCCAGUGAACACCACAAAAAACUGGAUUCUUUUACUGAAACAAUAUCUUUCUCUGUCAAGUCUCCCGCUGAACAAAACAUCCAAACCCUGAGUAGUGCAAAGUCGACCUUCCAGCACAGCAAAAGGGAAAACCUUAAAACUCUGACAGACACAAACCAGAGACCGGAAACGUCAGCUGCAGCUUUGCCUCCUGAAAGUCUUAGAGUCCGUGCACCACAAGCAGCUAAGGCCCAGGGAGCAGUCGGCACUGUAUCACCACACACACCCAUGAGAAGAACAAAGAGCGAGGGUCACGUUCGCGUCGCUGCAGCCUUCAAGGGCAACGCAACAGUUCCAGGAGUCUUCACUGAUGCUACAACCAACGACUGCCUUUGGAGCAAGCUUGAACCGGUCAGCCAUCGGGACAGCACGUCGUCGUCCUCUAGCAUUUCUUCCAGCGACACAGUCAUUGACAUGUCCCAUAGCAACCUGGCCAGAAAGAGUCUGACCAGCGUCACCUGUGACCCAAACUGUGCCAGCUGCCAUCAUUCCACACUAGUUUCCUUUGACAGCCUGCAAGUCAGCAAGAGCAAAUCCAACCCUAAUCUUCGACAGGGUGAGUUGAAGCCCGACAGCCUGCCGUCUGCCGUGGACCUGACCAACAGAGUCGGUCAAAGAAGGCACACCUGGAACCGGCUCUUCAUGGAAGGCCUCAAGCAGUCAUCAGCCGACAGGCCGUCGUCCGCAUCUCCAGGCAGAUUGCCGGCGUCCAUUUCCAAAAGUCUCGGGGAUCUGACGUCGGAUGAUAUUUCUUGCAACUUUGACAGCAAGUACCGCAGCAUCAGCCGUAGCUUCAUCCUUAAACCGACCAGGGAGCGGCUUCCCCAAGCCAACCCAAGCCGUGACCUGAUAAAGCAGCUGCGGAAGCUGACCGAUGUGGAGCCGCUUAACGCCAGUGACUUUGCACCUGGAAACGGUCCUGAGGAGUCUGUGGACGAGCACCUCGUCAGGAGGACUUCCUCCAGGAGCCAAAGCAGAGUGCGGUAUAUUGCCAACCGAGCCAAGAAAGCCCAAGAAAGGCAAAGACUGCAGAGUUUGAUGCAAUUUGAUUACAUGAGUAGAAACAGUUCUUACCCCAUUGAGGAGCGGGGGAAUCCCGAAGGUGCCUGUUGUGUCACGAGAAGUCUGUGUGCCGGUCCAGACAUGGUCCAUCAGGCCACGUCUUUAGGAUCCCCCUGAAGACACCACCAGAAACACACAUGCUUGGACUUCAAGUGGACUAGCAGGUCUGAACUUCUACAAAACACAUUUCUACAAAUAUUUUUUUAUUAAAGUCCCAAGGUUCAACAAAAUAUUUCACUCAAAACCGCAAGUCAGAAAGAACAAAGUUAGACGAAUCCAACGUACACGGUGACACAAAAAAACAGAACCCGUACAAAUGUUCAAUCCUACAAAGGUCAGCAAAUUUCUUGAACUGAAACCAAACGAUCAUUCUCCAAAAUUUCACUGAUAUCAGUAGCAUCUAUAGAAGUUCUGUUCCUUCCAAAAUAUGCGUUGGAGGCCGACCUACGCGCAAAAUGGUCGAUUACUGGAGCAUCUUUGGGUGGGAUUGCUGCCUGCUGUCCUUGAAAUGUCGUUCUGGCACAAUCCAGUUAGCCAAAAAUCAAGAAAGCACAAAUUCAAAUCAAGAUUAUUAAUCAUUAACCAUUAAUUAUCAGCCAUUACCUUGCAUCCAUACUUUAUUUUAAAGACAAAUCUUUUUAUUCAUUAUUAGUUUUGACAUUUUAUCUUUGUAUUAUCACAUUAGGGCUAGGCGAUAGGACGAAAAAGUGUUUUAUACCUGUCAAUAUUGAAUUGUAAGGACCAGAACAAAAAUAUAUUUUAUUUGAAAUGUAACUAUUUUGCUUCACUGUUGCAGAAGGGUUAGUGCGUCGGCCUCACAAUACAAAGGUCCUGCAGACUUGGGUUCAAUCCCAGGCUCGGGAUCUUUCUGUGUGGAGUUUGCAUGUUCUCCCCGUGAAUGCGUGGGUUCCCUGGGUUCCAACACUAAAUUGGCCCUAGUGUGUGAAUGUGAGUGUGAAUGUUGUCUGUCUAUCAGUGUUGGCCCUGCGAUGAGGUGGCGACUUGUUCAGGGUGUACACCGCCUUCCGCCCAACUGUAGCUGAGAUAGCCGCCAGCGCCCCCCGCGACCCCAAAAGGGAAUAAGCGGUAGAAAAUAGAUGGAUGGAUGGUAACUUUUUCUGAUUAUAAUCCUAUCAGCUAUCAAGGCAGAAAGGAAAUGUCAACACAGGCCUGGAAAACACUCAAACAAUGUAAACAAAAUAGGAAUAUGUAAGAAAUGCUUCAUAAAAUGUAAACAGAAAAAGCUGAGAAGAACUAUUUUCUGCAGGUUUAGUGGCAGGAAGUUACAGCUGUGCUCUAAAGGGUGGGCGCGGCAAAGAUGGUGUUGUAUUAGCGCAUCAUUUACAGACCACAUUGGUCUGACUACGGUCCCUUUGGAAAAUUCCAAAAACAUGUCCAGGUGACUUUUCCUCUUUUUUCCAGAAUUUCUUCAUCUUGACUUUUAUCUUCUCACUCCAUGCAAAGAAUCAACCAAACUUGAUAGUUGAUGCUGUUACCUUAGUGGCUGUUAGCGUAACACUCCCACUGAUCAGUGAUCAGGGAGAGCGAGAGCCUUUUUUUGUGAUGCCAACCUUGCUUCCAUACUUCCGCUUUCUUCCCACAAAGAAGAAAAAAAACUUUGUGGUGAACUAUUACAUGUCUAUCGUGAUUUAUAUUGAUAUCAUUGUAUCGCCCAGUCCUACCACCAGGGCCGCGUUUUGCAUAAAUAAGCACAUGUAAAAUGUCAAGCCUUAAAUGACAAGUUCCUGGACCUUCAUGCUCCAUCACUGAUGAGAAUAAAAUGGCAAAUCCUCCAAACAUGCUCGUUGUCUCCCGUGGCGCACAAUGUUCAAAUCCUGGUCAGGCGUGCGCCGUGAACAUGUUUACCAAUAUAUUAAAUGUAUUAAUUUGCACUUAAAACAUGCAUUAUAGAACAUUUCAUUCUCCAUGAACUAGUUUUAGUACAAAACAUGUUUGAUUAAAAAAUUAUAAAAAAAUAGUUUCAGAUGAAUAAAAGUCUACUUUUUUGAUAAUAGCAGGGAGGGUACUCAAAAUAAAGUUCUGUUUCAUGGCGCCGCUGGCUGUGAAAGUGCUUGAUUUGAUAUGCACCCAAGCCUACUUUUUCUAUAUUAUUAUCACUUUCAUUUAAAAAUCCUUAAAAAUCUGUUUAAUUUUGGAAAUCAUUUUUAAGUAAAGCAACCGAGAUGACUUUGGGGAAUGAUCGUACACACGCUGAACUUUAAGGGACACAAAUUCCAACAGAUUUUGUCGGGUUUAAUGUUUUUAGGUUCUUGUAUUUUUAACGUGGCCUGUGUGUAUUAAAAAACAUCUGAUCCUUCGAUUAUGAACUUAAUAGUGUUUUAGGAGGUGAACCAUUCAGUAGCAAUAGCUCUUCCGAUCUUUAAACUUGGGAUUGGAUUAGGAUACGAUAUUUGUAGCUGUGCAUCAAGCAAUAUAAGAGUGAUGGCGUUGUAUCAUGUGAACAAGUAUGUGCAUUUUCAUGAUUAAAGAUGAGCUUUUACUAAAAAAAAAAAAAAAAAAAGUAGCACGUUCGUCGUGCUAAAUGUGACGAGACCAAGCUAAUGCUAAUGAUCUGCAGCAUGUCAGCCCCGACAGAAACAUUUCUUUUCACAACCUUUUAGUGGACUGCAUGACUUAUAUGCACUUAUUUAUCCUUGACCAGGCGUUAUUUGACUCACAUUUUUUUCCAUAUACAUGUUUAAUGUACCAAGCUCAUUCAAAUUUUUUUGUAGGAGAGUUUAACGAUGUUCCCGAGAGCGUCACCGUGUGGCUUUUACGUUGUCAGUAGUCCACGGUACGGAAAAUGAAACUUUGUGUAACGACGCACGUUUAUUUGUCAGCCUGCUGCAUCGUUUGUGCAAACAAAUAAAUAUAUUUAAACAACAA